AAAAAACAGCACAGCCUUCAAACUUAUAGAUUAUCCCAUCCUGGAAAUUACAGUGUUAUGCUGUGACGUUGUCGAGAGAACAGAGCUACAAGUGAACACAAAGUCAUUGCACACAGGAGUUCAACUACAAUGCCAGGAUGUAAAUAAGUGUGGCAAAUGUAAUGCAAUCCUGUUUAACACAAAAUACGAAUAUGGACAGUAAUGCCUGGAAAAUGAGAUUUUCUUCAAUUAUAAUUCAAGGGAUGUGAUUUCAUUUCAGUGUGACAAAGUGAUGAGAUGAAAUGUAAUGCAAUGGACAAUUACAUUUAACAUUGAAUUAUUUUCCCUGCUGAUUGUUUUUCAUUAAAAAGAUAAAGCAACAUACAGGAACCCAAGCUCAUAGUUGAAAUGUUAGUCAAGGACCCACUGCUGUUUUGCUCGAGAAUGAUAUGCUGCAUUAAGACUUUAUGGUAGAGUAUAGUAUAGUACCAACUUAUACAGGGACUUGUAACAUGUGUUGAAGGUCUCAAAUAUCUUACGUAGUCACCUAGAUAUAUGUAGACAAUUAUCAGAAGAACAGUGCAUUUUGUAGAAUUUGCUGUGUGCCAUUUCUAAAACUGGGGUGUCCACAAAGGGCCAGUAUGGGUGCAGGUUUUCACUGCAAUCAAUCAGGAGCCACACCUGAUUCCACCUGUUUAAUCAGUUAAUCUGCACCCACAACAGUAAAGUUGGACACCCCAGUUCUAAAACGUUCCCUAGCUUGAAUAUUUCUACGUAUUGACACAUCAACACCUUCCACUUUUUCACCCCAUGCAUAAAAGCUUUACACUUUUUUAUUCUCUUCUACAGGGUUCAACAAAGAGAGAAGAGCCAGGUGUGGUAAUACAGAAUCAAGAACCAGGAAAUAAAACAUUGAGGUGUUUUAUUCUACUAACUGGAACAACAUUGAAUUCUCAUAUUGGCAUGAUGGAUCACCUUAAAAAACAAAUACCAGCUCUGCAAGUGGUACAGACAGAGGAGGAGUAUGAUUUCAUUAUGGUCUUCUGCCCUGUCAUUAGAGGACAUGCAAUUGAUAUUCAAGCAGCGCAGGAGAAACUUAAUAAAAUUUCAGACAACAAACCUGCUGUUCUAGUGGUGCUCCAUCACACGUUUGAUCUAGAGUGUGUUGUACCAGACAGCAGCAGAGCUGUACACAGAGAGAAUACAUUCACAGUCGACUGUCUGUUCCAUGAAGAUCAGGGAUUACUGCGAUGUCAGAAAAAUCACGAGUCGUUUACCAGAAUUAUAAACUACAUAAAACAUCAGAUGUGCAGAAAAAAUUCCGUAGACGAGAGAAUGGAAACUGAUCAACGUCUUGUAGGUCCUGACUCAGAGGAACAGGAAUACACGGAGCCAAAGAAAAGCAAAAUUGUAGCGCUGACUGCAAAGUCAACACUGAAUUAUUUCAUUUUACUGACUGGAGAAACUCUAAAUACUCAUGACAUCUUCAUGAGUAUGCUUAUAGUGAACUAUAAAAUCCCACAACUGCAGAAGGUAGAUACAGUGGACGAGUGUGAUUUCAUCCUGGCUUUCUGCCCCAUUGUGUCACGAGCUGGGACUGAUAUUGAAGCAGCAGUGAGGAAGCUUAAUCAACAUUCGGAUGACAAACCUGCCAUUCUGGUCGUGCUCCAUCGCACCUUUAAUCCAGAGUGUGUUGUACCAGACAGCAACAGAGCUGUGAAAAGAGGGAAUACAAUCACAGUCGACUGUCUGUUCCAUGAAAAUCAGGGAUUACUGAACUGUCUAAAAAAUGAAAAGUCGUUUACCAGAAUUAUAAACUACAUAAAACCUCAGCUUGAAGAAAUACAGCAGGAAAAUAUGAAGGAACAUCAAGCAGAUCCAUCACAGUGCAGUGACAAACAGGAAAACAUGCUAAAUGGGGCGGAUCCCAGCAAAAAACAACUGGAGACCAUGAGGAUGGAGUUGGAGAAACUAAAAUCUGAGUUGGCAGAAAAAAACGAACAGCUAACAAUGAAAGAUAAUCUUCUAAAUGACAUAAAGAGGCAGCUAAAGGAAAGUCAAAAGCAGGUUGAAGAGCGGGACAGACUUCUGAGGGAGGUCAGAGAUGAGUUGGUAAAUACAACAAAGAAAUUAGAUCCAAAAAAGGACAGCUGGAUAUUGUGGGCAAACAAAAAAUGAGCUGGAUUCACUGGGAAAGAAGACGCAGGACAAAAACAAGCAAACGUGAUAUGAUGGUACAGGAGCAGAAACAUCCUGUAAAGUCUUCUAAACGGUCAACAUUUUGGAGAUUUAAAAUUCAAAUCGUAUCAAAAAGACAAACAUCAUUGCAAUCUAGUCUUUUUUUAGUGACUAAACUUCAUUUGAUUGAUUUUUCUGACACAGGGCCAUGUUUAGGCAAUUAAAUAAACGGCUUUUAAAAUACUUCAACAGA